CGAUUAGUUCUUCUAUUUGUUAUGUUAUAGUAUGUACGCCUGUUUGUCAAUUUGUCUCAUAUAAAUAGUUUUAAAGAAGAAGAAGAAAAGAAAAGAAAAGAAACCAGUAUCAUCCUUUAUUCAUGUAACUUGAUUAUUAAAAUAAAACGUCUUUUUACUUUGAAACAUGUUCAAAGAACAAAUUCAAGAUCGGAAUAUUGAUGAUAUUGACUGUAAUAAUUCAACUUCUUCGGAUCGAUUGAUUAAAGCUAAAAUCAAUUCGGCGAUAUCAAAAUCAAAAAAAAUUAAUGUUACCAAUAAAAAAUUGACAAUGUAUUUCGAUAAAGUGGUCGGGACAUUAAGUAAUAUAUCUGAUAUUAAGAAAAAGUCUGAUGAAAUAAAUGUAUCACAGAAUGAAGAAAGAACUGAGUGUCAAAACACUGAAAGGCAACUUGAUAAUGAAACUAUCACGACUAAAUUUAGUAUUAGUGCUGUCACUACUAACAGUAAUAUUAGUAGUAUUGAUAGUUGUACUGAAAUUAAAAGUCAUGGUGAUAGUGAUAAUGCGUUACACAAUCCGAUCAAGAAUGAAGCUACAAGUAAUCACUGCCAACACCAACAUCAAAAUAAUCACCAUAAAAAUGAAAUUAAUGCAACAAAUGAGGAAAUUCCAGUUUCACCGAGUAGUCUCACAGGUCAAUCCAGCAGUUUUUCUCAUUUGAAUACAUCAUCUCCAAUGUCAUAUGGUGAUGAAAUGAAUUCCAUUCCUGUAACCAGUUCAAUAGAUGAUUUACUUAGUUUAGAUCAAUAUGAUCAAGAUGACAGUAUGUUGAAGGACUUUUCAUCACAAAAUCAGUAUUCCAUUGAUAGAACAAAUAAUUCAAGUUUGGAAAGAUGGUUAUCGCAAUCUGAAUUACUGAGGUGCAAUACAAGAGUAAAACAGCAUUUUCCAAGAGAUGGUUAUUUCUGGUCAGUCGCAUUAUUUAUCAAACUUGGUACGAAAUUAGUCCCCACUAGCCCAAAAGGUAAAACUAAUCCAUAUGUAAAAAUCAAGCACAAUGGAAGUGUUUUAGCUAGAAGUCGAAUGAUUCCAAAUAGUUGUAAUCCUAUAUGGGAUGAAAAAUUUUGGUUUCGUUUAUGGAGCUUAGAUACGCCAAUAGAGUUGAAGGUCUAUCAUCGUGAUCCAUUUAAAAAGGAUUCUUACAUUGGUCGGACGCAAUUCGGGCUAGUGGAUUUAGAUUUAGACAAAGAAUAUGAAUUUUUAUCAAAAUUAGAAAAUGAUCUCAAUAAAAGUAUGAAUUCAGGUGAAAUUAAAUUCUAUGUAACAUUAAGUGAAAUUAGUGAAACUUUUAUUGAUAAUUCAGAGUGUAAAAAAUUGAAAAAGAAAAUGAAAGAAGAAAAAUCUCGUGUAUUUGCUACGGAAUUCUCAUCACAAAUUCCUGGUACAACCACAUCAACGCUCACUCAAUCUGAUAAUUAUUCUGUAGCAGAAAAUAUCGAUGUACCAACUUUACGUUCAGGAAUUAUUAAUAAUUCAGUUACACGUUCUCAGCAAUAUAAUCCACAAUCUAAUCAAUCAAACCAUGAUUCAACAGAAAUCGUGGAUUUCAUAGAAGACUUACAAAAUGAUGAUGGGCAACCAAAUUUAUCAAAACAAGGAGACAAAUCUUUACAAAGUCGUGUUGAAGACAACUGGACGGAACGAAAUCAAUCUUUACUACCUCAACCUAAAUGGCCGUAUAAUUUUUAUGAAGGUACUAGCCUAGAGUUGUACACUAGCAAAUGUCAAGGUGAUACGAAUGAAAGUAUUGAUAAACUAUAUACAUUGAAUAAUGAAAUACAAAUGGAGAGUUUGUUUCAACAAUCCCGUUUAAUAGUUACGUUGGUCGGUGCAAAAAAUUUAAAAGUACGAACUAAACUAAAGAAUGUUGUUGCUGUCAGUGAGGCCGAUACUUGUAAAGCACCACGUGGUCGAUCAACAAGAAGCCAUCCAGAUCAUACACUAAAUGGUUUAGAUGAAGAAAAAAACAAUUUACCUUGUCCAACAGUGUUUUUAACUGUUGGAACCAAAACACAUCAAAGUAAAGUUGUAAUGCAUACAAAAAAUCCAUUAUGGAAUGAACGAUUUGAAUUUCGUGUUCGUCCUGGAAUGAGAACAGUACUUCAGUGUGAAGUAUUUGAUGACUCACAUCAAAAUACCAAUCUGCUCGGUCGAUUUUAUUUAGAUUUUUCGAAAAUUGUCCUUGACUGGACAACAUGUUUCACACUGAAUAAUCAAGAUGGUCGAGGUCAUGGUGAAUUACAUAUUUUAGCUACAAUGACUGGAUUAUUUCCAAUUUCCAAUGCCACUAUUCCUAGAACAUUUUCAUCAGAUCAGUUAAAAUUGGAAACUGAUUCAAUUUAUGGUGAUUUGUCUAAAGAAUCUAUUUCGAAAAGCACAUUAGAUCAAAUAGCUGAAUAUUAUAAAAUUAGAAAUACACUUCGAAAAUGGUCAGAUGUCGGCUGGUUACAUAUUGUUGUAAAUCGAGCGUCUAAUUUGCCAGCAAAAGAUCGAAGUGGAAAAUCUAAUGUUUUCUGUGAAAUAAGACUUGUUAAUCGAGUUGUACGAACAUUCACAGCACAAAAGAAUGCUAAUCCUGCAUGGAAUCAAGCAUUUGUAUUUCCAAUUGAAGAUAUGUAUUCUGUUCUGGAAGUACAUGUCUAUGAAGAAGGCAAAGAGUCAUCUGAAUUAACAGGAUGUAUUUCAUUCCCGCUCAUACAACUUGCUAAUCGUAGACAGAAAUGGUAUGCAUUAAAAGACAAAUCAUUGACUACAUUAGCUAAAGGUUCUAUUCUACUACAGACUAUUAUUAUUUUCAAUCCUCUUAAAGCUUCAAUUCGUGCAUUAUAUCCUAAAGAAAAACGUCUAUUUGUUGAAGAUAGUAAAGUUAAACUACGGGAUUUUACAAAGAAGCAUUUACCUCUCUUACAACGCAAUAUUGAUCGUCUUACACCGUAUAUAGAUUAUAUAAAAAAAAGUGGACAAGCUUUUCAUAAACUUUAUUCAUGGGAAAGACCAUUUGUAUCAUUAAUCAGUUUGAUAACAUUUGAAUUGGCUGUUUUAUAUUUUCAACCAUAUAUGAUUGGUUUCUUCUUAGCUUUAUUUAUGAUCAUCAUGUUGAUUGUCCCAAGGAUAUAUUCCACUUCAUCAUUAUUAUUAUCUCCAACAUCAAUAAAUUUUCUUCGAUUUUCUAGAUCUAAAGAUUCAGAUAGUGAGGAGAAUGAAGACGAUGAAGACAUCAUUGAUCCAGAGAUUUAUGGUGACUACUCUGAUAUGGAUGAUGAAGAUGAAGCAAUUUUAAAGAGAAAAAAAGAUAAAAAAACUAGUUUAGCAGCAAAGUUAAAUAAGAUUCGUUCUGUACUCGGAACAUUGCAAGAUAUUGCUGAAUGGAUAACAUCAUUCUUCGAACGAUUGAAUUAUUUAUGCAGAUGGAGAUAUCCUUCUUUGAGUUGUUUAUUCUUGGUGACUAUUUUAAUGAUUUCAAUAAUGCUCUAUUUCAUACCUUUACGAUAUAUUAUUUUUGGAUAUACUCUGAAAAAGUUCACACGUAGAAUGCGCAAUCGACAAAGACCGUCUACUACAUUAUUUAUGGGUAUUUUAAAUAGAGUUCCUAGUAGAAUGGAGAAGAUUUAUUACAGAGAAUUAAGACCUUUAUCUACUCCACCAGCUGAAAUAAGACAAUCAAAUGUGUUAUCAACUACCAAGGUAGGAGGAGUACAAAGUUGUCCAGGAACGAAUGGUUAUCAAAGUAAUGUGGAAUGAUGCACAAAUAUUACCGGAAUAUACAUAUACAUACAGACAUAUAUAUACAAAAUAUUAUACAUAGUAUUGACUUUAUUGAUUUUAUCAGUACGUCUUUUCUUUUAACCUUUUAUGACAUCAUCAAUCACUAUUUCACAGCUGACAGUGAUCAACAAAAUACUGUUUUUUUCUUUAUUAUUUGUACUUUAUUGAAUGUUUGAAUUACGAAAUCUUACAAUUACAGUGUUUAUUAUCAUUAUUAAUACAAAAUAUUAACAUUUAGUAACAUCUCUUUCUCUCUCCCCCACUCCCCCCUCUCUCUCUUCUUUCCUUCAUCUCCGUAACUAACUCAUUAUUACUAAUGAAUUUUUAUAAUGUAUCCGUAUACUUUCUAAAAACAAAAACAAAAACAAAACAGAAACUAAUUUCUAUCCAAUCACAUCAUUCAUUUUAAACAAAUGGAACUUGAUUGACUCAAUAGAAAACAAAAAAAAAGGGGAUCAUAGUUGAAGUAUUAAAUAUUGAAUUAAGAUAAUAACAGAGCUAAAUACUCUAUUGUAUAACAUUUGAUCAAAGAUGAUUGAGAAGAACUAGUCUUAUUUGAUGAUUUCUUGAAUCUUUGACAUUGUUCUAUGAUAAUAUUGACUUAUUCACAGUUGAUAAAGAUUAUUUUUUUAUAAACAUCAUUACAAAUUUAUUUAUUUGCUUAUUAACCUUAAUGAAAAACGAUUUGUCAAUCAUAUGGAGAAAAAAAUAAUAAUAAUGAAUAAAAAUUGUACUUCUACAGUUCAUGAGACAACUUCUACUAAAUCUCUAUAAUUCAUAAAUAGAUCCUAGCAGUUACAACUCAUUUGAUUUGUGUGUAGGUUGUAAUACUGCUAGGUCAACCAAACUGAAGCAGAUGAUUCUCUUAGAGGGCUGCACCCAAAGCCGUUGACUUAAAGGUCUGAUCUACAAGACACUGCAGCAACAUUAGGAGAUGCAGUCUCAUGGCGGUCGGUGACCAACAAUUGGUUCAUACGCCAUUUGUCCUUUUAAGAUACUGGAGGCCAUGUGUACUAUUGGCUUAAGAUUAGGGUUUUCCAACUCCUCCAGAUGUCCAUCAACUCGGUUAAAGCGCUGAACGUUCGCUUUUCAUCCGCUCAAUUUGGUAAACAACAGCAAUGCCAUGAGAAGGCAGUGAGUAGUACCUCUCUGGCAAUGGCUGUAUUCAUGUGGCAAUGUGAGAGGUCAGUCAGUCAGCUACACGUAGGACCAGGCACAUAUAUGCAUCGACCCAACUUGCCACACCUCAUUAGCACAACAAGAUGAAUACCGAAUUCACAGAAGCAGUUACUUCAAUGGUAGUGAUACAUAAAAGAAAGAUUGUGCAUAAGGAUAUAAUACAGGAAGAAAGGAAGAUAUAGUUUUAAUCUCACAUUUUAAGGGAAAACAAACAGUGUAUACACCUACGCCAUUGUGAUACAAUCUGAGAUAUGUCACCCAGAGUCUCCAACCACUGAUUACGAUAGUCACGCGGACCCCAACCGAGUAUUAUGAAUCCACCAACAUGGCUCAGAUCAGAAGUUAGUGACUUCAAGCACUGAUGCCAUGUUUUUGUUUAACCGCCCCUGACUUUCUUCCAACCAUUUCCAACACUAAUCAUAUAUAUAUACAUAUAUAUAUAUAUAAAUGCCUGAUUUAAUUUCAUUGAUUUAUCUUACCUUUUUACGUAUGAUAAACAUAUAGUGUAAAGUUCAAUUAUGACGUCGACAUAGAAAAAUAUUAUGGAUUGCUUGAAGUUAGACAUUAACACCUUUGGAUGCCGACCAGCUCAGUGGUCUAGAGGUUAUACGUUCGCGCGCGAGACCGGUAGGUCCUGAGUUCGAGCCUCGCGAGGCGUGGUCGUGGGUGCGCACUCCUGAGGAGUCUCACAAUAGGACGAAACGGCCGUCCAAUGCUGCCAGGUUUUUUUAUGGUGGUCUAGCUUCAAUUGACUCACGAAUUCAGUGAUUAAAUAUUAAAGUGAUCAACUCUUUGUGUUCUCCCAAUUUCUAAUCUUCUGAAUUCUUCAUGUCCCUUUCUUUUUUUCUCUUCCCAAGUUUAUUUCACUGGAUUAUACUCCUUGAAUAACAUCUUCAAACCCUCAUCUUUCCGACUAUUUUCUAUAAUACUUCUAUGAUUAUGGGAUUUGAGUCGACAAUUGUAUUUCUGUGCUAAUGUGAUAUGGCAACUCGAACUGAUGUACGUACGUACGAAGUUCUACAUUGUUGCUGACUGACCGAUUGAGAGUUUUUCACCAUUUUAAUCAAUCAGAAAACAGACUAUACAUGUUGGAGAGAUCCAAAAUAUUCUUCGAAAAAGUCCAAAGGGGCCCUGAAAAUGUUG